AUGAGUGGUAACAUCACAGAUGAGGCCAUGCAGAGCCGGGAGUUUCUGCAUCUGGUGGAUGCUGGUUUGGCCAUCAACACCCCUUACCCACUUGUUCUGCCUCCAGCUCGUGAAGCCCACCUCAUCCUCUCGUUUGACUUCAGUGCUGGGGACCCUCUAGAGACCAUCAGGGCCACAGCAGACUACUGCCAAUGCCAUGCAAUCCCCUUCCCUGAUGUGAGAGAGGAGCAGCUGAAGGAAUGGGCCAAAGCCCCAGCGAGCUGCUACAUCCUCAGAGGAGAAACUGGACCCGUCGUCAUGCACUUUACUCUGUUCAACAAAGACAACUGUGGAGACCUGGUGACAGAUUUGCUGAAGAUAUCCAAGGAGAAUGUACAGAGAAACAAAGUUAAUAUCCUCAAUGAGAUGCAGAAUGUGGCUGGGAAAACUGGCAACUUCCUAGGGAUAAAUGAGGAGGGCUUCCGGGGAGACACAGUGCAGGAUGUCCAAAGCCCUCGGACUGUGGAGAUCAAGAUAUCCAACCACACGGAUAUAACAUUCAAGGAGCCCUUACACUACUUGAAGAGUGGGCAUGUACGAGUGGACCCACCACCUGUGCUGUCUCCAAAGUCCACCAUCAGCUGUUCCUUUGUGAAGAAGAGCUCCAGCUUCCAGGGUACUGUGGGCAUACUGGUCUACCAGGGCCCAAGUGACCACCUGGCCUUGCUGUUCUCUGUUCCCUUCAACUAUGCCCUUCAUAGAAUUGAGUUUGCCUUAGCCAUCAUAACUGAGCCAGUCUCCAGAAACCUGGAGAGUGUCUUUGAUGACAUCAUUCAGGGAAAUGGGUCUCCAGAGCUGAAAGCAGCAAAGUAUGAACUUCAGAUCCCUCAGGGGACCCUGAAGCUGGAACACGGCUCCUUGAUCAUCAGAGCCACGAUGUCCAACAUUCAUGUGGCUAAAAUGGAUGUAGUGGUUGAGACCAAGGCUCCCUAAAAGUUUCCCUUGUUCAUCCGUAACUACUCAUUUUACACUUCCAGUCAGAUUUCUUGGCUCUGUAAAAGGAGAGACUUCAGCUGAGUUCAU